CUCGAUCUUUAGAAAAUUCCUGUUUAAACAUCCGUUAAAGUAAAGUGUAUAAUUAUAAUGAGUGACAGUGAUUCAUCAGAUGAAGAUCUUUCACGCUUUAAAGACGUUGUAGACACUUCUUUUAUAAAAUCAUUAAAUCAACCUACUACUCAAUCACAACCAGACCAAAAACGUCCUUCUGAACGAUAUUUGGAAGUCUCAAGUCAUUAUAAUGAUGUUAAAGUACCAGACAAGCUUCAAAAGCAAAUUGGAGACAAAAUAUCAGCAAUUUUAAGUAAGACAAUUGAAUAUGUUGAUGUUCACAAUAAGUGUGAUUUAAUGGCAAGCAAAAUUGAAGGUGGUGUAAAACUAUUUAGGGACUCCAAGGGAUUUCUGUCUUGUGAAGAAAUUAACGACAAAUAUACUGAAAACCAUAACAUUAACUCAAAAAAAUUAAAAUCCCAAUCUAAAAGAAGAUUUUUAGACAAUGAAGACGAAGAAUCUAGUGAAAAUGAUAAAAUAAACUCAGUAGCUGUAAGUGGAGAGGUCAUUUUAACAGGACAAGAAACUAAGUAUUGGAAAUCUAGAAGAAAAGAAAAAGUUUACAAAUAUAAAACAAAUGGCAAAAGCAAGGCAUUGAUAGCUGUUGAUUAAAUAUUUCAUUAUGUAAA